AUGGAAAGACGGCCAGAACCGGUGGCUGCCUUGCAGAUGAAACUCAUCAAAAUCUCCGAGUUCACUCCUGAAGCACCCUCGAACAGUCACCAAGAACCAUCGGACUCGAAAGCUGAUUCUAAACCUGGACUGGAUAAGAAAACCCCGACACCCCUCGCCGAAGCACACUUCCAGGAUUGCCUGGACUCCCAAGAGUCAUCUCGAGCGCCGACCCCGACCAGCUCGGAAACACCUUCCCUUGGAGAAGCCUUCGGUAGCCUCAAAGAAUCGUCGACCCUAGUUAUAGUCAGCGGAGACAAAGCCCUCGACAAUGACGACGAGACAUUCUCACCACCAGCACUGGUCACCAUUUUGACGAUUUUCUGCCUCUGGUGUGUCUUCGAGUUCUAG